AUGAAGGCCACUUUCGUUCCCCUCGUCCUGGCGACCGUCGCCGCCGCCAACCCCAUCAAGAUCGUCGAAGAGAUCACCCAGUCCAUCGGAUGGCACAAGAAGGGCGGCGAGGACAAGGACCGCAAGGGCAGCUGGGGCGCCUCGGGCCCCUUCACCUUCACCUCGACCUACAAUGUCAUCGCCACCCCGGGCCAGGUCGUCGACAGCAACAACACCUUCACCGGCGGCCUGGAAGGCGCCAUCGGCUACUACAGAUACGGCAUUAACUCCUGGGAGAACGUCAUCUGCUACAACAUCACCCUCGUCAACUUCCAGGGCGAGUACCAGUCCCCCGCCUUGACGGCCACCCACAUCCACCAGGCACAAAAGGGCCGCGCCGGACCUCCUCGCAUUGCCCUCCCUAACCCGGACCCCGUCGAGGGCACCUCCAACAUCCGCCGCAGCAUCGGCUGCCUGUACGGCCCCUUCGUCACGGGCGUCAACACCACCGGCGUCGACAGCGGCGCGGGCUUCGUCGUCAGCCAGAUCGAGGAGAACCCCGCCGACUUCUUCACCGACGUCCACUCCAGUCUCGCCGUCCCCGGCGCCGUCCGCGGCCAGCUGAGCGACAGCGAGGACGAGGACUGCGAGGAGGAGGAGAAGAAGAAGAUCUAA